CAACAAAGACCCCCACCACUCUUUGAAACUUCAGCGAAACGAAAAAAUACUGCUUUUGUAUUUUUUGUAAUUUGUAGGGUACAAAUUCUGAUUUUGGAGAAGCCUUAGAUCUGUCAGAAGAAACUAUUAAUCCCUGAAGAUUUCUUGAUUUUUUGAGUUACUGUUUGAAGUGGUAAAAGAGGCACCACAAACUAUUACUGUUUUCUGUCUCUUUCACUCCUCUUCUUUCUUCUUCUAGUGCUUCUUCUGUGAGAGCCAGGGGAAGGGAACUCAAGAGAGGGAGAGAUGCUAGAGCUUGGGAGACAUUGUAGCAGCAGCAAUAAAAGCACUACCUAUAAUGGUUUGCUGAUAGAACUCCAGAAAAUGUGGAGUGACAUUGGUGAGAGCGAGAUAGAGAAAGAGCGCAUGUUGCUUGAACUGGAAAGGGAUUGUUUAAAAGUUUACCAAAGAAAGGUUGAUGAGUCUGCAAACACCAAAGCUCGCCUUCACCAUUCUAUUGCAUCCAAAGAAGCUGAGCUUGCAACCCUAAUGGCUGCUCUCGGUGAACACCAAAUUAAUUCACCUUUGGAGAAGAAGGGAAUGCCAUUGAAGGAGCAACUGGCAUCAAUUACACCCUUAGUAGAGGAUUUAAAAGUAGAGAGAGAAGAAAGGCUGAAGGAGUUCAGAGAUGUAAAGACACAAAUUGAGAAGAUAAGUGCUGAGAUUUCAGGGCACGGUAAAGUUAUUAAUGCUACAAGUUCCUUAAACUUUGAAGAAAAUGACUUGUCAUUGAGAAAGCUUUCGGAAUACCAAACACGUCUUCGUGCCCUGCAAAAUGAGAAGACUGAGCGUGUCAGAAAAAUUUUGGAGUUCGUCAAUGAAGUUCAUUCCUUGUGUGCUGUUCUUGGGGUUGAAUUUGGGAAAACCGUCAGUGAUGUCCAUCCAAGUUUGCGCGAGUCUGGACAGUGUAUGAAUAUCAGUGACAGCACGUUGCAGGGCUUAAAUCAGGCCAUCAUCCGGUUAAAAACAGAAAGAAAACUGCGUUUCCAGAAGCUAAAAGAAGUUGCUGGAUCGCUAUUUGAACUCUGGAACUUGAUGGGAAAGGAACAAGAAGAUAGGUUUAACUUCUUCACAGUUACUUCCAUUGUGAGUUCUCCAGAAUCAGAUAUUUUGGAGCCAGGUUCUCUUUCACUGGAGAUCAUUCAACAGGUGACAACAGAAGUUGAGAGGCUCACAAAACUAAAAGCAAGCAGAAUGAAGGAAUUAGUGAUGAAAAGGAGGUCAGAGCUGGAGGACCUAUGCUAUAAAACUCAUAUUGACCCUGAUCCGAACACAGCUGUUGAUAAAUCUUCUGCAUUGAUUGACUCUGGUCUGGUUGAUCCUUGUGAACUAUUGACAAACAUUGAAGCACAGAUAAACAAAGCAAAAGAUGAAGCUUUGAGCAGAAAUGAAAUCAUUGGCAGGAUAGAGCGAUGGCUUUCUGCUUGUGAGGAGGAAACCUGGCUUGAAGAUUUUAACCUAAAUAAAAACCAUUAUAGUGGUGGAAGAGGUGCUCACCUAAACUUAAAGCGAGCCGAACGAGCUCGAGUUCUAGUCAGUAAGAUUCCAGGAAUGGUUGUGAAUCUGAUCACCAAGACGCUAGCUUGGGAAAAGGAGAAGAAGAAGUUAUUUCUGUAUGACGGGGAACGCUUGGUGUCAAUAUUGGAGGAUUACAAAGUGACCCGACAACAGAAAGAGGAGGAGACGAGGCGUGCUCGGGAUCAAAAGAAACACCAGAAUAUGCUCCUUGCUGAAAAGGAAGCAAUCUAUGGCUCUAAACCAAGCCCGAGAAGAAGAAGCACCACCAGCAGUAGCUUUAAGAAUAUCAAUGGAUCUGUAACUCCAUCAACUUCGUCACCGCGCCGGAGAUCUGUUGGUGGGCCAUCUCCAGAACUUUUGACACCUCAUUCCUAUCCUGGACAUCAAAAUGGGUUUUCCAACAAGGGAAUAAGAAGGCUUUCACCAGCUCCUCUGAAUUUCGUGGCCAUCGCAAAAGAAGAGACCCUGUCUUUCUCUUCUGUUUUUGGUUCUGAACCAGAGUCUCCACCCCAAGUCUGAUUAUGACAUCUGAACUGGGUGUGCAGAACUUAUUCUUUCCUUACAUAUACAGCUUUCCAGGACAUUCUCAGGAGACGUUGCAACUUGUGAAUAUAUAACUGAAGACCGCUAAUCGUAGUGUGUUCGAAAACUGAUACGGAGUAUUACAGAGAUUGGUGUGGAUAAUGUUAUGUUAGUUACUUAGUCGAAGUGUGUAUCAUAUGUAGAGAACUAGAGAUGGCUGAUCGUGUGGAUAUUGUACUACAGAUAUGAUGUGCUGAUUUGUGACUGCAUAAUAUUGGGUUGUUGCUUGAAUUUUGUCUUGCAAAAUGGUUUGGGCUUUUCUUGACUUUAGCAGUUCAAAAGGACAUUUCCU